UUACAAACCCAGCAUUCCAACACACUUAUGCGAGUUGGUUCGUAUAGAAGUACUGGAUUUAUCCGAUAAUAACUUCUUUGGAGUUCUUCCCAGAUGCUUAGGAAACUUGACUAAAUUAAGGGUGUUGGAUCUUACAAAUAACACUAUAAUUGGAGAUGUUCCAAAGUCAUUAGGUUUCCUAUCAUACCUCGAGUCAUUACACUUGCACAACAACAAGUUUGAGGGGAAUCUUCCGGUGGCUUUACAGAACUUGACAAGAUUAGUCACCUUAGAUUUGGGGAACAAUUUGUUGACGGGAAAUAUCCCUUCAUGGAUUGGAAAAAAAUUAUCAAAGCUUCAAAUUUUGAAUCUCCAAUCAAAUAACUUCAUGGGUAAGAUCCCACUCGAACUCUGUCAAACCAACGCUCUUCAAAAUUUAAACUUAGCGAAUAAUAACAUAACUGGAAUGAUCCCUCGUUGCUUUUAUAACUUAACUGGUAUGAUCAUGACUAGUGUUUACUUUAGAUACAAUGAUGGAUAUGAAGAAAAUAUUGAGACUUGCAUAAAGGGUAUUCAAUUGAAGUACACCAAAACACUUAAGUUUCUUACAUCCUUAGACCUAUCAAGCAACAAAUUAAUUGGUGAAAUUCCUGAUGUUUUGGUGAACCUAAAAGGGUUGAACAACUUGAAUCUUUCUAGAAACUUGUUAAGCGGACAGAUUCCGUCGAUGAUUGGAGAUUUAAAGCAUAUGGAAUCUUUAGAUAUUUCGAUGAACUUGUUGUCUGGUCGUAUUCCUCCAAGUUUGGCUACCUUGAACUUUCUAAGCUACUUGAACUUGUCAUUCAAUAACCUAUCUGGUCAAAUACCAUCUGGAAAUCAACUUCAAACUUUAGGUGAUCCAUUAGCUAUUUAUGGAGGUAACAAUGAGCUAUGUGGGCCCAGACCAUUUAGGAGUUGCAAUAGAGAGAACUUAUCAGACACUCAUAUUAGUGAGAAAGAAGGUAAAGAUGAUAUACAAGAUUUGGGGUUGUUAAUUGGCACAGUUUCUGGUUUUGUUGUUGGAUUUAUGGGACUAAUUGGUAGCUUGUACUUAAUAAAAGAAUGGAGGGCAGCUUACUUCGAGAUUGUAGAGAAUGUUUACACAUGGCUCGUAUUAUCAAUUUUAGUGACUCUUUCACCAAUAGGAAAAAAGUUUUUCUAAUGAGGUAUUAUAUUCUAAAUUUGUAUCUUUUUUCUUUUCGAGGCAUGAUCUUAAAUCAAAUUUUCUAUUUCUUUA